AGACAGAGCAAAAAAAACUCAUCAACUGCGGGGCCCACAAAAAACAGAAAACUGAGAAGCUCGAUUUUAUUUAAAAAACCAUGAAUCGAUACAGCAAGAAGGAGAUCACGUCGUUGGAGUUAGUUUCUCAGUUAAGAUCACGCAGGAUGUCCACUAAUCUAACACACGAAGGAAACUGCAGUGUCGACUGCAGCGACGAUCUUUAUGUUAAUCUUUACGAUGUACCAAACUUGGAAGAAAUAGCAUCGUAUGAAGUAGCUCGAGGAAUAUACUGCAGUGGUUUGGAGAAGUUCCAUCUUGAUAAUGCGCAAGAUAGUUCUCGUCAAUACCGUUCUGUACAGCUGAUGAAGGAUUUGCAUGUGCCUAGGUGCAUUAAAGAAACACUCCAAAAUGACCUACAGGAAGUUGACCGAAGUAUUAAACGAUGGGCAGAACAUUUUUUAUUUUACAUGGAAUUUCCCAAGAAAUUUUCCAAGUAUCAUUAUGAAAUUCCUUGCAUUGAUCCGAAUUGGUUGGUUUGGUCGACGAAUCGUGAAAUCAACUGUAUAAAAACCGCCAAAAACAUGCUACAAGUAGACUGUUUGACAAAUGUGCACAAAUUUAUCAUUAUGAGCGCCUAUUGCAUGGAAGACGAAAUGAAUAAGUUUUCGUUGCAUUCGCUUCCGGCAGAAUUUUACGCAAAUGUGACCCGUUCCAACGGCUGGGUGUUUUUCUAUUGGAUUUGUUACCUUAGAAAUGAACUGUGUGUAGUGACAGGAAUCCGCGCCAUGGCAGAGAAUUUCAAUAUUCGUGAUCGGUUCAUCAACGAAUACUUUUGGAGCUUUUUAGAUGACGGUAAGCAGGUAGCAGUUGCCAUAAAAUGGAUUCUUCUAGCUUACCAAAGCGAAGAAAAACAGAAAUAUGGCCGAUAUUACGUCACUUGCACUAACGCACUUUUUGGGCAAAUAAUUUCUAAAAUGACUUACAAUCAGCGACAACAUUUGUUUGCGUCUGAUAUGGGAAUAUUUUUUUCCCUCGUGUGUUCCAAUUCUCCGCGACAUGUGCUUUGCAUUUGGAGACGUUCUAAAAAUGACGUCACAGUGAGAACGUUUUCUAUGAUUAUCGGUGAGCUAUUGUUUCGAAGUAAACAUAAUCCUGCAUUGAUGUCUUCAUUGACUGAGAUUUGGGAUACUGCUUCUAAUUAUCAAAGAAAUUUCCUGAUUCACUGCCGAUCCCAGGUGUGCUCAUGCAUUGACUUUUGUCUUCGCAACCCCAACCUUCUAGAAUUUGUGAGCAAAUUACUUCAUAAUUUCUCUUCAAAUAGGAGAAAAAGACUAAUUUUCAAGGCAGCUGAAAGUCCUCGUUUUCACGAAUGUAGUUCUGAAUCGUUCAACUUUCUAGUGAACUCAUUUUUGCCGCGCUUCGAGGACCAAUUGGCGCUGAAAAAAAUCGUAAUGCAGUCCCACUAUUUCAAAGAAUAUUUACACCGUUCGUUCAUCCAUGAUCAAGAGUAUGAAAAAUUCAUUAAAAAAAUAAAAUUUUAUUGUUCUUAUGAUACAAGGGCAGUUCAAGUAUUCGUAAAAGAGUUCCUGCAAAAUGAAUUAACAGAACACUCUUCUGAAAUUGAUCUGAUUUGCAACUUCAAUAGAUGGAAUAAAUUCAGCGAAUUUAUCGACGAAAUUUUUGAAAACGAUUUUACCUCAGGAUUGGAGGUGAAGCGAAAGUUCGUAGUAAAAAUGAUGGUCCCCUCUGUCGUCCAAAACUUAGGCCGUUUAGAUCGUUUCCAUGAUUGCGGGAAAGUUAUUGAGAUGGUAUUCGUAGGCGAAGAGUUGAAAAAAGUGAAACGUUCGUUCAGCUUCUUUUGCUGUGUCAAGCUCAUUAUUUUUAAGGUAGGAAUCGGUGUUCCCAUAGCCAUUUCACAAUUUCUUACCUAUGGACUCCGAAAAUCCGCCAAAAUCCGCUAGAUUUUCUCGUUGGACGUAAAUUAGAGAGUAUGUACUAUGGAAUCAAAAUCCGCUAGAUUUCUUGCCAGACUCAUGGACGUUGAGACGUUGAUUUGCUACAGUAUACUUAAUUCGUUAUAGGUACGUUUUUAAAAACUUGUCAAUAAUUUUAAUUCAAUUUGACUUUCAAUGUAUAAGCAUAAUAUUUUGUUCAAUUUAUUGUUACUGAAAGAAGA